GAGAGAGAGAGAGAGAGAGAGAGAGAGCAGAGCUACAGAGAGAGAGAGAGAGAAGCAGAAAGAGGACGAGAGGCAGAGUGAAAUCAUCUCUUGCAGGCAUUCAGGUUUCUGUCGCUGAUGGGGACAGGCAGAGUAGCAGGAUACCACCAGUACCUUAUCGAGGGACAGCAUCACCACAUACACACCCUGCACACGCAAAAACACACCACAACACUCCAUAGGAGAAGCUGGUGAAGCUCGGAGGGGGAAACAAGCAUCUCUUCUCUGUGGUGUGGAGAGCUAGAAGACUGGACUAGAGCCUCUGCUACACCACCACACCGUGCAGGAGCCUCAUCCAGCUCUCCAGGAUCCUCUAGCAGCAACAACCCUCAUACAUAGCUCUACUUCGAUAGUACAGCUUUUUCCAUCCGACCAUCCGAUAGCUCUCCACUCCACUUGCAAAGCUCUCUCCAUCCGACUAGCUCUCUCUCUCAAAUUACUCUGGCAGCUCUCUCUCAACCGCUACCAUGAAUUUCCUGCGUCGCCGGUUGUCUGACAGCAGCUUUAUAGCUAAUCUUCCUAACGGCUACAUGACAGACCUCCAGAGAUCUGACCCUCCACCGCCUCCCCCCUCUACAGCCACCCCAGGAGUCCCAGCCACAUCCCCAGGACAAGUUCCAGCACCAGCCCCCAACGCUGCCCCCCCAGCUCCAGAGUGUGGGCCACAGCCUGCCCAGGCUGCCCCAGCCCCGGCCCCUUCUUCAGGCUCUGGGUUCUUCAGCUCCCUGACCUCCCUGAGUUCCAUCACUAAUGUGGUAAAACAAACAGCAGUGUCAGCUGGCUUGGUGGAUCAGAACCCAGCACCCGGGCCUGGUCAUGUCUCCAUGAGAUUUAAGAUACUGCUGGUCAUCGACGAGCAGCAGUACGUGUGGUCCAGACUGUUCAGAGGGAAGAAGAUCCAAGGAGACUAUGACAUCAAAGUGGAACAGGCGGCGUUCUCAGAGAUCAACCUGGUAUCCCAUGCCAACGGGUCGUGUAACGUGGACAUACAGUUGAUCAGGAACGGAACCAAAGUGGUGAGGUCCAUUAAACCUGACUUUGUCUUGAUGAGGCAGCAUGCCUAUAGCAUGGCCCACAAUGAGGACUUCAGGAACAUGAUCAUCGGCCUGCAGUACGCAGGAGUCCCCAGCAUCAACUCACUGGAGUCCAUCUACAGCCUCUGUGACAAGCCCUGGGCGUUUGCCCAGCUGAUCGCCACCUGUAAGAAACUAGGCCCUGACAAGUUCCCUCUGAUCGACCAGACCUUCUACCCAAACCACAAGGACAUGAUCUCCAUGCCCUCUUUCCCUGUGGUGGUGAAGAUAGGACACGCGCACUCUGGAAUGGGAAAGGUAAAGGUGGAUAAUCUGAGUGAUUUCCAGGACAUAGCCAGUGUGGUAGCCAUCACUCAGACUUACACCACCACAGAACCCUUCAUAGAUGCCAAGUACAACAUCAGGGUCCAGCGGAUUGGCAGCGAUUAUAAGGCUUACAUGCGGACAUCCAUCUCUGGGAACUGGAAGAGCAACACAGGAUCAGCCAUGCUGGAACAGGUGGCCAUGACAGACAAGUACAAGCAGUGGGUGGACAUCUGCUCAGAGAUCUUUGGAGGUCUUGAGAUCUGUGCAGUCAAAGCCAUCUGUGGAAAGGAUGGGAAGGACUACAUCACUGAGGUUGUGGGUUCUUCCAUGCAGCUAAUCGGAGAGCACCAGGCAGAGGACAGGCAGCUCAUCUCUGAUCUGGUGCUGACUAAGAUGAACCAGGCUCAGCCAAGGACGGCCACUCGCUCUCCUGUCCAGAAACCGAGGGAAGUGGCAGAGCCAAUCAAGAACCCCGGACAGUGGCGCCAAUCUCAAGGGGGUGCCGUGCAGGCCCAGCUCACUCAGCCACAGAGUGUGGAGCCUCCAGCAGAGUUGGCCCCCAAGGUGUCCCCUCCGCCAAAGCCAGCCCCCCCUCUAGUUUUAAGAGCGGCCACCAUCCCCAUUCAAAAGCAAGCCUCCACUCCAGUGGCAAAACCAUACUCUGCUCCAGUCUCUAGGCCAGCCCCUGCCCCAGUGCAAAAGCAAUCCUCUUCCCCUCCACCAAAGCCACCCCCUCCUGCGGUGGUAAAGACGACCUCUGCUCAAGUACCAAAGCCUAUCCCUUCCCCAGUGCAAAAGCCUGCUCCAGCUCCAGCUCCAGCUCCAGCCCUUGCCCCAGCCCAUGUCUCAGCCCCAGUCCUAUCCCCAAACCUGGCCACUGUAUCAGUCCCUGCUCCUGUCUCACCCCCAGCACCAGCUCCAGCCCCAGCCCGUGUCUCAGCCCCAGUCCUAUCCCCAAACCUGGCCACUGUCUCAGUCCCUGCUCCUGUCUCACCCCCAGCACCAGCUCCAGCCCCAGCCUGUGUCUCAGCCCCAGUCCUAUCCCCAAUCCUGGCCCCUGUCUCAGUCCCUGCCCCUGUCUCACCCCCAGCCCCAGCUGCUGCCCCUGUCUCAGCUCCAACCUCCAGCCUAGCACCCGCCUUACUCCCAGUCCUAUCCCCGACCCCUUCUCCUGUCUCACCCCCAGUUCCACCCCUGCCUCACACCCAACCCCUGCCCCCACUACACAGCAGCCCAAGCCCCAGCCUCAGGUGUCUCCAUCAGCAGCCCCUCCCCCAGGAAAGCCAGCAGAGCUGCCCCCUCUGCCUCCCAAGCCCAAGCCUAUACCUCCUGUACGCCGCAACUCCAAGCCCCUGAUCCAGCCCAAACCCCAGACCCCCCUUCCACCCCUUGGCCUGAAGCCCAGUCCUGAUGCUGUGUUUUCAUCCAGAGCGCCAGGCCAGUCCCUGUC